GACCCUACUGAGCUUAUAAGGAGCAGUAGAUCACAAACUGAAAUACCCUGCAGCCCCCCCAUUCCAUCAUGUGCUAUCGCAAAAUUGAUUCGACAAGAUACUCUUGUGGACACGACACCCCUCAUGGCGAUCAACGGAUCGAUUGCAAUUCCGCUAGGUGCAGAUACAGCUCGGCCCAUCUGGCCAAUUGUCACGACUGUAAGAGUACUUGCAAGCAAUGGCUGCGGCCCUCACAGAAUGUGGUCACAAAGACGGCUCAUUCACUUUGUUACCAUUGCUCACUGCCCCCUGCGUAGUGGUAUCGAGCCGACCAAUACUUUGUAUUUUGAAGGACACGCUGGGCGCUCAUGUUUUCGUUUUGCUUAGAAAGAGGUUAUUAAUAGAUUCGUAUCUAAU